UUAUAUUGGCCCGUUUAUAGAUUUUUACACAUAUGUACGUUAAUACUUUUUAGGUGUAUAUGACAGAUUAUAUUAUUAUUUGAUUCUCUUAUAAAUUUUAAAAUUUUCUUUUUGGAAAUUCUAAACUAAUUUAAAAAAUUAAUAAACUAAAUUUAAAAACCGAGAUAAAGCCUCUCACCUUUUCUCCAUUUAAUCAAAUAUGGGGUCUCUAGUUUGAAACUAUAUUUUUGGGAGGUAAAAUUUUAUAUGAAAAUAUGAUAAAAUGAUGUAUAAAGUUUCGAUAAUUAGGACCCUUAUGAAACAUAAGUUAACCCUCGCUCGUUCAAGUUGUUUUCUUUUAAAGUGAAGAUACAAAGGCGACAUGUGAAGCAUGGGAUUUCGAAAAGGUUAAAUACACUAAACCAUAAUUUGGAUAUGUUUGAUGAUUAUGGACAAUAUGAACAGAGAAAUAGAUAACAGAGAUAAUAAGGGACUACGUAUCUGGACCAUUGUAUAAUUCUUCCCUUCUGUACAGUCGUCAUGAAAUAAGACACGAGAUCAACGUGCUGUAAUGAGAUAGUACAAGAUAUUCAAACAAAUUAAUAUAAUAUUUAAUACUAGUUUCUGUGUAACCACUUCCACGAGUUUAUGUAAUAUUUCGAAUUAAAACAUUAUAAAAUGCAAUUAAAACAAAAAAAUGUGAAAAAAGAUUCAUCUAUGGAAUUAUAAUAUAGCCUCAAACAAAGAGAGAGGAGGAGGAUCAAAUAUUCAAAGCCGAGAGGAUUGACCAAAGAACCGACAUGAUAAAUCAUAUGUAGAAGCAAAUCUUGGAGUGUUUGACCACUUCCAAAGUCAACUCUCCUUCAAGUGGGUUACCUUUUUAACUACAAACAAAACACAAAGACCAUAAAGACUAAUCCCUACCUCUCUAUAAAUCAUUACACUUAAUACGACAAGUCAUAACUUUCCAGCUUGAAUACAAAUCUCUCUAUUUCUCUGCAAAAAAAAUGGCAAAAUCUCUCAUCAAUUCUUGUAUCCCUAUCCUCCGUAGACGCCAAGCAAUAGUCACGCUAGUUUUCUUCGAGCAAGGAUCAACCAAAACCCUAUGUGACUCCAAAAAACACGUCGCCGGAGAGAUCAUGUUCGAGUUUUCCGAUCAAAUCGUGUGCCAUGCAGAUUCAUUCUUCAUCGGCCGUCCCGUUCCAGCUCUAGCCAUGGACGACUAUCUACUCCCAGGUCAAACCUACUUCGUCUUACCGAUCGAACGUUUCGCCUAUAGAAUCUUAACCACUUCGUGUCUCUCCAUCUUCAACUCUAAUCUUGAUGAAAAAGUUCCGUCUACUAAUCAACCAACGUUGAAUUUCACCGCCCCGUCGAGUCCACCACCGUUCGAGUAUUCUAAGGGAGUAAACGGGAAGGUUUUGAUAAAAGUUUCUCCUGUUUUUAUCAUGAGUCUUAUAUGUAAAAACAGAAACAUGCGCACCAAAGGAGAGGUAAUAAUGGAGUGUGGUGAAAGCAGUGAGAUUUGUAAUUCUCCCGAGCUAAAGAAGCAGUAUGAUCAGCUUGUGGGAACGAGAGAACACAUAUGGUCACCCAAGUUGCAGACGAUCUCGGAGCAUGAGACUAGGGUUUCUCCAUUAAGGUUCUUGGGGAUUAUUCGAAGGCAACAAGAAGUGAAAUGACUAUUAAGCUACGAAAAGUAUUCAUAGUUCUUCUUUCGUAGUUGUUCUUUAAAACAAAACAAAAAAAACAAAAAUUGAAAGAUAAGAAAGAAAGAAAAAAAUUAGUGUGGUUAGUUAAAUGUGUGGUUGGUAUUGUUUGGUUGGUUACAAGUUAGUCCAAGUUGACAAUUGCAUGUUUUGUAUUAUUUCCACAAAGUAACAUAUUAAUUUGCGAGGUGCUCCAGCAUGUACAUAUGAAAAAAGGUGAUAUGAUAUUAUGAUGGUU